UCUGGUAGUGCAUCGGGGACUGAAUGAGGAGUUGCCGAGUUGCUGGUGAGGCUCUGCUCCUGUGAAGGAGGUCGGUGCGGUGAUGUCUGUGACGGGUGGAAACGAAACUGCCCUGCUUGGAAGUUUCGCCAAGAAGCAAACAAAAUACGGAAGCACCUGCAAGCAUGUCCUGCGCGCUGGAAAGACGAUCAAACACAUGGUUCAGCCCCACGACACCCUACAGGGGCUAGCGCUCCGCUAUGGGGUCACGAUGGAGGAAAUCAAGCGCGAGAACCGGCUGUGGACAAGCGACAGUCUGUUUCUGCGUCCAUGGCUAGCCAUUCCCGUGGAAGGCUGGGGAUCGACCAACUGCAAGGGAGCGUCGGGUGGAACGCCGGACACUUCUCUGGAAGAUUCUGAAGAGCAGAUGGCGGAAGAAAGCAUGUCAGAUUUCCUGUGCCGCAUCGAUGACUCCAUCGCCCGCUCCAAGGACCAGGUCCGUGUCCUGGAGAGAAACUGCAGGCACCCAGGGGAGGAUGCGUGGCAAACUCCCCGGACAGAGCGGCUGCGACCUGGAGGACCGUCCUCCAACGACCUGUCGAGCGACCCCAGCCUGGCGCCCCACCCUGUAGUCAUGAGCCGGAAAGUGAAGCACUCGCUUCAGAGGCACGAGCGGGACCACGAAGAGAUAUUCCAGCUAUAGCAGUGCCGGGCUUCCCGAUCACCGACCGUUUGGGGCGCACAAUGGGAUGCCGUGGAACGUGGCCCGACGACUCCUCCCAGUGGCCUGCAUGCAAGCAAGCGUAGAAGUCUCACCUGUCUAGCUCUGAACUGUGACUGCCGUACAUGAGAGCCAGCAAUCUGGAGCGGGUCAAACGUCGCUCCGUACUUCGUCGUCGCCGGGAGACGUGCCCAAAGUUGCGUCUGCGCUUGGUUGAUCCCCUUUGGCGAGGCUCCCCGGGACCGGUCAGCCUGUGUCCCAGCGAGGAGUCUUCCUAGGGAGGGUGACGGGCCACAAACUGAAUGUGCGCUCCCGCAGAGCAAUGGUGUCACUCCUCCGGAGCCUGGAAUCCAAACCCCAGUUUGCAAUUUGUGCCUGUGCAAGAUUUGUUGGCCAGCAGCUUAGGAUGCCCACUCAUCUUUGUUACAUAUCUUUUUUAUCUUGUUAUUCUCAGCCGAGGAGUUGUGAGCCACGUCUAGUGUCGCGAGUUUUUGUGAUCGAAGAAUAUAGGGUGACUUGUUUUUGUUCAGCCCAAGCUGAGGCAAAGAUGUGCUUAUUUAUGCCAAGAUAUUAUGAGUAGAUGUCAAGGAAUACAUAACUAACUUUUGCACCAUAUCGACAAUAUCCUAAAGCAGUGACUCACACUCCAUUCUUUAUUUGCUGGGAUUCCUGGUAGAGCUUUAAUUUGUCUCUCUAGCUACUGCUUUGGGUCAUUGUUUGCAUAGUGCCAAAGUUGGUUUCAAGGUUGUUUUUUUUUUUUCACACCUAUCACGGCCCUCCGCGUAUAUGGCAGCAAGCAUAUCGACUCAGUUUGCAUCAUUGCUAAUUGCACGAGAGAUGUAAAUGUAGCAAUAAAGGCAACAUUUUUAUGAUCCUUACGGCAUCUGCCACCUAGCUCUUUACCUUUUGUAUUCUGGAACAAAUGUUAGUACAGAUAGAGAAAUUGCACAAGAAAUGGAAUGAUUAGAUGUCCUUCGUAACUAAAACCUAUCCAGUGAGUGUUCAUGGAAAAAGUAACACUAUAUAAACCAGUUGUAUGUUUGGGAUAAAAAAAAAACGGAUGCUAAUGACUCUGCUCUAAAUUGGGUCACCCCAGAAGGUGUGUGAUGCAACCAGCACGAUGGUGUCUUUUCUAGCGUAAGCGCUGGCGUUGCAUGCCACCAUAGACUCUUGACUGCCUCCGAACAGAAACUGGUGUGCUAUUGAAAAUGCUGAUCCUUCGACUGCAAGAAGCAACAGAAAGACUUGACUGUUGUCUUUUAAAUGCCGUUUCUAUUUUUAAAACAUGGCAUUGCUCUCUUUAGAGUGGGCUACGACUGUUAGGUAUAAUGUGAAAACUAAUAAAUGCAUGUUUUCCUUCA